AUGGGAGCUGGACCCUGGGGGAACCUUCUGCUGCUGCUGGUGGCCCUGGCCCUGGUGGUCAGGCUGGGUCAAUUGCAACAGUGGAGCGGCUUCCAGGAGUCCACGAGCCCGAAGAACGAGAACUCCACCGUCGCCUUCCUCUUGGAGACGUACAACAACAACAGCGAUGACUCCCACCUGUUCCGCGUGGACCAGCUGCUCCGAAGCCAGGUGCAGCUGACGACAGGCGUGGAGUACCUAGUCACCGUGAAAAUUAGCCGGACCAAGUGCAAGAGGAACAGCACGAACAACUCCUGGUGCCCCAUUCAGAGCAAGAAGCUGCAGAAGAGUUUCAUUUGUGAUUUUCUGAUAUAUACUGUGCCCUGGAUGAACCAUUACCAGCUGUGGAACAACUCCUGUCUGGAUGCCUAG